AUGUUCCCAACUUACGAAUGCCAACGUUCGACGGAGAGUGCGGCGACAAUGCGUCGAUAUUUAUAUCUGAACUCGGAGAAUUGCAAAUGGUGCAACAUGAAACCGUACGUGGAGCGGCUGAAGAGGGAGAAUCUGAAGGCGAACGUCGAACCGGUGACGCGAAGACCAGAGAUUGACGAGUUGGAUAUUUUCGACAUGUCCUAUUACGCCCCAAUGCAGGGAGAUAGCGCGGCCCCGAGUUUUGGGAAGGGAUUCCUUUCUGAACUCUUGGAUCGACUGCCGCGGGAUACAGAUUAUAAA